GCGAGGCAUCACAGGAUAACAAACUCCCCACUGCAGGGCGCAGCGGCUACUAGAAGAGACCAGCUCUGGCAUGAGACGCUUCCUGCAGCUUAGAGGGUGGACCUGUACUUUCUGAUCCUGAGAUUUAGUUUACACAUGCUGGGAUCCUUCUAGUCAUCGGCGACUCCAAUACAAUGUAGGCUCUUGGAGAGUGGUGGGAAAGGAGGCAUCUCCAGGGCUGGAGAGAUCUGAGAGCGCAUGGACACAUGGAUGUUGUUUUUUAAACGAUCAAUACAGUUCUCCGGGUGCGAUCGGGAUUUGGAUAUGCGCGCUGAAAGUGUGGAGAAGUGAGUUUUGGGGGACCCAAAGGAUGGGCACUGCGGAGGUAAUUCUCUCCGUGUUGGUAGUUGUGAUCAUCAUAGUGUCGCUACUGUCCAACGUCCUGGUGCUGAUCUGCUUCCUCUACAACCCGGAGAUCCGCAGACAGGUGCCCGGUCUGUUCAACCUCAACCUAACCUUCUGCAACUUGUUGCUGACCGUGGCCAACAUGCCGCUCACCCUGGUGGGACUCGUCAGCAGGGCUCAGCCGGGGGCAGACGGCUUCUGCCAGAUCGCGGGCUUCCUGGAGACCUUCCUGUCCACCAACUCCAUGCUGAGCAUGGCCGCUCUGAGCAUCGACAGGUGGAUCGCCGUGGUGUUCCCCCUGAGGUACCACUCCAAGAUGCGCCACAAGGACGCAGCGUUGGUGCUGGGCUACACGUGGGCGCACUCCAUGUCCUUCUCCACGGUGGCCGCCUGCCUCUCCUGGGUGGGCUACCACCGGCUGUACGCGUCCUGCACCCUGUCCAACCCGCGGGCCAGCAGCAGGACCCAGUUUGUUGUCUUCACCGUGUUCUUCCACUCGUUCACCUUCCUCCUGUCUUUUGUAGUUUUAUGUUUCACGUACCUCAAAGUUCUUAAGGUGGCACGGUUUCACUGCAAGAGGAUCGACGUUAUAACGAUGCAAACUUUGGUGCUGCUUGUGGACAUACACCCCAGUGUCCGCCAGCGUUGCCUGGAAGAGCAGAGGAGGCGGCGACAGAGAGCAACGAGGAAGAUCAGCACCUUCAUUGGCACCUUCAUGCUUUGCUUCGCUCCCUAUGUGAUCACGAGGAUCGUGGAGUUAUUUCCAGCUGUGCCUAUCGACCCUCACUGGGGAAUUGUCUCCAAGUGCUUGGCUUACAGCAAGGCAGCUUGUGACCCCUUCGUGUACUCCCUGCUGAGGCACCAGUACAAGAAGACGUGCACGGACAUCAUCAACAGGCUGCUAAAACGAAGCUCCCUAAACACGUCCGGGCGCCGGCUGGAGCAGCAGGGCAACAGCAUACCCACGGCUGAGUGACGCUGAGUUACCUGGCAGCACACAAGCCGAUUCAUCGUUGCUGAAGAAGAGGACAAAUGUUGCUGUUUCUUGUCCGCUUCUGCUUAAAUUUGGUCUGACGUAACGAAAUACCGAGGUAGACAAAAAAAAAAAUCAUUACUGACAAGGUCAAAACUUUGCACAGGAGUAUCAAACGGAGGGCCCAGAGCUGCAGAUUAGUGCAGUGAACUCGCUGUGAGGACAAUAGACUGCAGACUUUCCCCUCUACCUGGAGAUGCAUAUGAGCUCACACAGGAAACACGGUCGGUUAUUAGCACCGCUAUUACAUCUAGGGUAGGAUACCAAAAGGGUACAGUUACUUUGUUGUUUAUUGACUUUGUUGAAUAUUUGUUUUAAGAUAUAUUUUGGGGGGAAAAAAAGAGAUGUGAGUCUGUGAAAGGUGCUGUGAGUGACUAGUUUAUACACCAUUUAAGUAUGUAGCAACAAAAGUUAACAUUUAAAUUGCAAAGUCCCCCCCAAAGUAUAUCACAGCAAACACUGCUGCUAUACAACCUUUCUCAGGAAUUUGGGCAUCAUGGGGUAAAUCCCACUGCAAAUUAAACAAACAAGUUACGACACUUAUUUACAUAUAUGCAUUUAUUUUGAUUGCUGUGACAUAUUUUCAGAAGAAUAUGACUUUUUUUUCUUCUUAUUUGUGUAUAUGUGAGCGUCUCUUGUUAAGCUCUCAGUGACCUGGCCAAACUGGAUAGUUGGAAAUAUUAAACCAGUUGCUGUAGCUGUCAUUGUUCAGUUAAUUUAUUUUGCAUUCAUUAAUAUUCACACAAUAUGACAAAAAAAACUGAGAAAACUGAAUACUGAUUUUGAAAAUUCUUUAAAAAUCUGCCCUAUAAAAUGUAAAUCCCUGUUAGAUAAUAGUUUUGAAACACCACAACUGUAACCAAUAACCAGAAAGCUUUCAGUCUUAAUCAUAAAAAAAUUACAUCUUUCAUUAAAGACUUAGCCUUUUUCUUUUGUUUUUCUAUUUGUAAUCACCUCGUAUGAGGCUCUUUGUUAGCUGGCAAAACUGAAUUUUAAGAGGCACUAUUAAACCAGAGGCUCUUGCAAUAACUGUCACUGCUUAACCAAACGUAUUUGCAUUGUUAACCUUUCAGAAUCAAGACGCUUUAUCGUUAUUGUCUGUUAACAUAAUGAAAUUUUGAUGAGUCAGACACAGGCUCAAAAUGCACAUAGUUUCACAUAACAUGCAGACAUUUUUUUUUUUAACAAACUUGAUUGCACUGGGUAACAACAACACUCUUUGAGGGGCUUAACCGUGCAAAUAGUCCUUAGCAGCUAAUGGGCUAAUUUUAAAUUCAAAAAGUCAGAUAGCAGACUGCGAUACCGUGCAAUAAAUUUAGUUGCCCAAUUGUGCAAUUUAGAUGGAUGUCUAAACAGUCAGCCCCUCAGAGAAUGACUUGUGCGAAUACACAUUUGGAAGUGAGAGACGGUAUGGGAUUAAUAUCAACGUGGUAGUAGUAGUUAGCAUGUUAAAUUUGUCCUUGUGUUUGGGCUCAGAUAAGAAAAUAGGUCCAAUAAGUUUGUAUGUCUGAGGACCAAGUUCUGCAAAAUCUGCUGGAGUAUAGCUGGAAUCCAAACUUGAAAAGUCAGACGACUUUCGCUAAUCCUGACAUCAAAAUCCAAGAUGAAUGCCUCGCGUGGAAAAACUGCCGAUAGCUAAUAAUUUCUGUUCAUUUGCACUUAUGUUAAGUGAUAUUUCUGUGAAUUAGUCGCACUCAUAGAACUGCACGUCAUUUAUCACUGAACAAGGUAAUAGCUUCUAUUGUUAAUAGGUGUUAGCCCAGUCACAUAGCAGCAGAGUUAGCAAAUUGCACUUUUUUUUUUUACCAUGUUAAACCUGGACACUGUCAACCCUAAAAACCCUGUAUAUUCCAGGUUAUGUUUUGCAUGCUUUUUCUUCUUGUCUUUUAUUUAUAACAUAUCAUUAUCCCCUUUUUGUACCUGGGUUAUUUAAGGCUUUUCAUCAUCUAAAGGCUGCAAUGAAUACUUUGAAAGCAGAUCACUCCCAAAAUUAAAAGGACAAAAGAUUUUCACAGGUGCCGAAUUAUCUAAUGUUAAGCUAAAAUGAAGAGUUCCCAUCUGUUCAAGUCAACUGUUCUAUUAAAGGUAUACAAGGUGGAAUAUUUUUAAAAAGCUCUGUAUUUCAGAAAUAUUGUGCAAAGUAAUCCAUCUCAUGCUCACCUUUUGACCCCCAAGAAGUGCAUUGUGGUACAUUUUAUCUGCACAGUCACCCAGUGUCUCAGCGUUUUACUUGUGUCUACUUAUUUUGCUGUGUUCAGGUUUUUUGAGCAGAAGUGUAAGUGUCAGCCACAGAGAAUUAUUUAAUGCACUAACUACCCUCACUUUCAGCUGCUGAUUUAGGUUUUUUGAGAGAUUGAUAAUGUUUGUGCUUUGGAAGAACUGGUAAAUUACAGUUUAUGUUUCUAAGUACAUCAUUGUACAGUGUUUGACCACAGUUUUGCUUUUGAUAUUUGUGAAAAUGUAAUUUGAAGUCAUCUUUGAGAAAAAUAAUUAGCUUUUUUGUAAACAACUUGCAAUAAUUUAAACUCCAAUUUACCUGUAAAGGGACUGAAGACAUGCAAAGAUUUUAAAUAUUUAGUGGUGCUUUAUUGAGCAUCUAACCAGGAUAGAUGAAAAAGUGUUCAUACUUCUGGAACGUUUUCAGAUUUUGUCAAAUUUGUGAA